AUGGACAGCGGCAGCGGGGGCACAGUGGGGGCAUCAUCUGCUGUCGUCACGCCCGUCGUUGUCGUCCCGCCAUCCGAACCGGAAGCGUUUGGGCUGCACCACACGAUGAAGUCGGAGAUGCCGGGCGGCGGGGAGUCACACAGCGAAACCGAGGAGGAGGAGGAGAACUGCUCUCAACAGCAAGAAGAUGAAGAGGACGAGGAGGAGGAGGAGGUGGAAGAAGAGCGCCACAGGAAGGAGAAGCGGGGAUCGUCGGAGGUAUCGCAAACGGCGGACCUUUCCCCCGCUAGCGGCAACAGUGGCGGUGUAGGAGGAGGAGGAGGUGGUAGUCGUAGCAGUGUUGGUGUAGGAGGAGGAGGAGCGACAAGCAAGCAGCAGCGCGGGGACCAUCUCCACCAGCUGGUGGACGACGUACUACGCCGGAAGACGCUGAACAACAACAACAACAACAACAACAACAACAACAACAAUACUCUAGCCAACAAUAACAAUACUAGCAGUAGUAGCAACAGCAGCAAAUACCAAACCAACCAAAGUCUUCAACAGCAGCGUGGUGGCGGCCGGAAGCGCUCGCUGGAGUCGAUGGUGACGAUACUGCAACGGCAGCAGCGGGGGGAAGCUGGUUCUGCCGCAACAAUGGCGGUGGUUCCGGGGGAGCAGGAAGUGGAAGCGGCUCAUCGCUAUCGGGAGCAGCAAAAGAACGAGCCUGAAGAGGACGCGGAGGGGGAUGACGAGGAGCAUGAGCAGGAGGAGGACGACGAGGAGGCACAGAGGACGACUCCUCCGCAGCAUCAGCAGCAGCAGCACUAUCGGUGUCCGAUCUGCGAGACAGUCUCACAGACGCAGCACGCCUUCACGGAGCACAUCCGGUCGCACAACGCCGAGACAUCGGAGGGUACGACCUCCAGCCAGAUGACGGCUGCGGCGGCGGCGGCGACGGCGGGGGCUGCAGGAGGAGCAGCGUGCUUCAGCUGCAAGAUCUGCUCGAAGGUCCUGUCGUCCGCCUCGUCGCUCGAUCGCCACGUCCUGGUGCACACGGGUGAGCGGCCAUUCAACUGCAAGUACUGCACGCUCACGUUCACCACCAACGGGAACAUGCACCGGCAUAUGCGCACCCACAAGCACCCGGCGUCGAGCGGACGGGACAGCUUCGAGAGUGAUGGUGGCGGCGGCGGCGGCGCCGGUGGCGGUGUCGGAUCGUCGUCCGAUGGCAGCGGCUCCACGCCAGCAGCAACAGGAGGAGGAGGAGGAACAGUGGCAGCCGCCAGCAACCGCCAUAGCAGGAAGCGAAAGGAAAGGGAACGGGACCACCACCACCACCUGGAGCGACGGGCGGAGGAGAAGGUGGACGAUGAGAACCACCACCAGGAAAGGGAGGACGCUGUGGAUGAGUCGAAGGACGACUACUACUCGGCAGCAGCGGAAGGCAAGCGAAAGGCGGUGUCGGCCGCCGUCGGAGGACGGCAGCAUCAACCGCGGAAGGUGCGCACGAUCAACAACAACACGCUGGUGGAGGGCGAGAGCGGCGAGGGCGGCGGCCAGCGGUUCUGCUGCCCGGUGUGCGACCGGAACGACUUCCCCGGCAUGCUGCAGCUCGAGCAGCACCUCGACCAGGAGCACCCGAGCAUCCCGGCCAAGUGCCGGCACUGCGACUACGUGUUCGCCAGCCACAAGGCGCUGAACGCGCACCGCUGCAGCAACAACAACUACCAGAACAUCACGCCCGGCUUCCGCGAUCUCACCUUCGUCGACUUCUCCAGCGAGAAGUUCCCGCUGAUCGCGAAGAACCUGUGCGAGCGCAGCAUCCGGACGCCGGUGACGACGCCCAAGUACGAGUGCCCGCACUGCUACUUCGCCUUCCCGUGCUCCAAGACGCUGCUGAUGCACUCGGCCGGGUGCCGGGCGGGGGGUGCCAAGCGCCGCAAGCGCUCCCUCAGCGACUCGGAGGCGUCGUCCGAGGUGUCGGAGGACGCGGGCCAACCCGCUGGCGACGACCGCCCGACCACGGUCCUGGCCGCCGCCGCCGACCAGCAACAGCGACGGCAGCCCGAGCAGGAGCACCAGCUUCCGGAGCUGCGGGCUACCGCCGGCGCACCGUUGCGGCGGGAGGACUUCUUCGCCAACCUGGACCUGCAGAACCGCUCGGUGGGGACGCUGUCGGAGGCACCGACCACGCCCUCGUCGCUGGACAAGUCCUUCCCGUCGCCGGUGACGCCCCUGCAGGGAGUGAAGCAGGAGCCGCUCGGGUCUCCCACUUAUGGUGGCGGCGGCGGCGGCUCUCUGUACUACACACCGACCGGCGGCGGUGGUGGCAUGCUAGGCACGACCACCUCGUCAUCGCUGUAUAGCAAUCAUCAUCACCACCACUACAACGCGCAGCAGCACCAUCAAGAUGGCGGCAAAGAUCUGGCCGACAUUCAGUCGAUCAUCAAUGUGGCGUCGUCGGGCGGGCUGUUCGGGCGGCAACCCCUGGACGGCGGUGGCAGCAACAGCGGGGGCGGCAGCCAGACGCCCCUCUCCGGCAUGAUGCUCGUCGACGCGAAGGAGCUGGACAUGUACGCGCACUCGACCGGUUCGCGCGACGAGCCGGAGGAAGCGCAGGACGCGUUCACCGUCGAGUUCCGGCGCAUGAAGCUGCGCGGCCAGUUCCCGUGCCGCAUCUGCACGGCCGUCUUCCCGAACCUGCGCGCGCUCAAGGGCCACAACCGGACGCACGUGACGGCGGCCGGGCCGGGGCCGUACCAGUGCAACAUGUGCACAUACGUCGUCAGCGACAAGGCGACGCUGAUCCGCCAUAUGCGCACGCACAACGGCGACCGGCCGUACGAGUGUGCGCUCUGCAACUACGCCUUCACCACCAAGGCCAACUGCGAGCGGCACCUGCGCAACCGGCACGGGCGCGUGACGCGCGACGAGGUGAAGCGCGCCAUCAUCUACCACCCGUCGGAGGACUCGUCCUGCGACGAUCCGAUGAAGAAGCUGCAGCUGUUCAACACCCCACCGGCCGACGGCCACUACGGGCUGGUCGUACCGUCGUCGGGCUUCGACGAUUCGCGGCAGCAGCGCAGCAGCACACCGCUCAAGGACCUGCUCCUGCCAUCGCUUCCCCUCGGCUACACGACGGCGGCGGCCGGCACCGGCAACAGCAACACCCUGCUCGACAACGCCGCCCUGUUCCUGCAGACACCGCCCCGGGGCGGUGGGGCGUACGAUGCGACGGCGGCGGCCGCUUCCGCAGCGGUGGCGGCUAAGAUACAGGUCAAGAGUUUGGAGAAGCUCAACCAGCUGACCCCGCCACAGGAGGAGGACCACGACGACGAGGACGAUGAGGACCAUGCUAGAGGACAGGGGGCGUUAGCACCACAACAGCAUCAUCAACAUCAUCAUCAUCAUCAUCAUCGCCGCCUCAUGCACCAGCGCCCCCCCACCACGUUCAAUCGGCCGCCGACGAAGCGGGGUGACGUCCCGGCGGUGAAGAAAGCGCCGCUGGAGGAUGACGACCUCGACGGUGGUGAGCAAGUGGAGCAGGAGCGGGAGGAUGAGGAGGCGAAGGAGGAAGCGGUGGCACUCGUUGUCAAUCGGCCGAUCGAUCUGAGCAUGGACGCGCUGGAUCUCAGCAAGAAGUCCUCUCGGCCGCCGCAGUCGUUGACUGCUGCUCCCAAGCCGCCAAUGUCGACGGACGGCGACGAAGAGGACUACGGUGUCAAUGACGAUGAGGACGUGCAGGACGACGAUGACGACGACGGUGAGGCGGCCGCCGGCGACGAGAACGAUGGUGGUGGGAUGGCGGUACGACGUCAGUUCGAACAUCGUCGCGGUAGUGGCGGUGUCAACAAUAAACCGUCUGCAAAUGGCGACCUGCAGCGGCAGCGUCAAAGUGCCACCAAUAGUCAGGACGACGAAGGGGGGAGACGGGCAAUGGUGGACAGCGGCAUCGGUACAGAGCAGAAACCGCUAGCCGCCGCCGCACCACCACCAUCGGCACCGUCGUCUUCAGCCGCCGACCUGUCGCAGUUUCCGCUUCUGAGCGACGAAGCAUUCGGUGGUGGCGCGGGCGCCAGCAAGAACUCGGCCAACCUCUUCCAGCUGCAGCUGUACCACCAGCUCUACAACCAGCUGCACUCGGCGCUUCCACCGAUGCCACCGGGAGCGCCCUACCCGCUGCAGCUGGUAGCCCCCUUCCUGCAGAACUCGAUGCUGGCCGGAUCGGCCGCGGCCGUGUUUGGUGACCUGCUCGGCAAGGACUUCGGGCUGGGAGCGCUCGGACCGAAUCUAGCCGCCGCGGCCGCUGUCGCCGCUGCCGCCUCGGCCUCCAAUCAACAACAAGGCCAGCAUCCACUCCUGCUGAAUCCGUUCUUCGCAUCCCCGGAGUCGGUGGUGAAUGGCGGAAAGCACCAUAUGGGCGGCGAACACGGUGCAUCGGCAACAAUGGCCACCCCACCCAAGACUCUGACCCCGUCCUCGCUAUCCCCCAUGUCGACACCGGUCGGAAGCGGUGGAGGAGCCGGCGGUAACGGCAGCAGCAAUGGGAAGGAGACGCAACAGCAGCAACAGAUCCACCGGCAACAGGCCGUGGCGGCUGCGGCGGCGGCUGCUGCUGCGGCGGCGGCGGCUGCAGCUAACUUCGGUGGCGGGGGAGGAGGCGGAGGUGGCGGUGGUGGUCCGGUGAAGAUGAUCAUCAAGAACGGAGUGCUGAUGCCGAAGCAGAAGCAGCGCCGCUACCGCACCGAGCGCCCGUUCGCCUGCGAACACUGUUCGGCCCGGUUUACCCUCCGCUCGAACAUGGAGCGCCACAUCAAGCAGCAGCACCCCCAGUUCUGGUCCCAGCGCCAGCGCGGUGGCCAUCAUCUGAUGCGUCGUGGAGGCUCUAGUGGAGGAGGCAGUGGAACAUCGUCGGCGGGUGGGGGCAUGGUUUCGUUGGCCAACAGCACGUCGCUCGCGGCCGCGCUGCAGGGAGCCUUCGGGGGUGGUGUUGCCGGUGCUCCAUCGCCACUGCAGCACCUCCCGAACGGCAACAGCGGCAGCAGCAGCCAAGCGGCGGCCGCCAUCUCCGAGCAGGUGAAGUACGCGAUCCUGGCUCAGCAGUCCGGCAAAGGAGGAGGGGCUGCGGGGGCCGUUUCCAGCCAGAUGAACCCGUUGCUGCACAACAUGAUCGUCGGGGGAGGUGGUGCUGGUGCCGGCGCUGCUCAGUGGGGAGGUCAUCACCACCAUCCGCAGCAGCAGCGCAGCAGCGCGUCGCUGGAAGCUUCCCAUAAUCAGUACGGGCGUCCACCGAGCAUUCCGGCCGGUCCAUCACAGGGUGAUGGUAGACGCCGGCCGAUUCACGAGGUAACCACCACCGAGGACGAGGAUGGUGCCGAGCUGGACGGCAGCGAGAAUCGGCAUCUGCACCACUACGGCGCCGGUACGCCUCUCAUCGGUCAACGCCAUCGUCGGCGUCGGCGUCGGCUGCAGCAGGACUUUCACGACGAGCAGGAGACGGCACACCAGUACCUUCGCCACCAUCCGUCGUACGACUACGACGAGGAGGCAACCGAGCUGGAGGAGGAGGAGGAGGAGCAGGGUGGCUUGGAGCAGAAGCACCAGCUCAAGGGCGAGGGUGCGAUGAGCAGCAACUACGACGACGACGAGGAGGAGGAAGAGGACGCCCAGCUCGUAAUCGACGAGGAAGGCUGUGACUCGACACAACACACACCGAACGGAACCGGCUCCACCGAACCUGCCGCCGUCGACCAUAGCCCCAACCGCAUUCUGAAGCAACAGCUCGAGCAGAAGCAGCAGCACCACCACCAUCAGCAUCGUGGCGCGGACAGCAGCGAGAAGCAGCGGCAGGAGAAAACACACGAGCAUCCGACGCCGGCAUCCAUGAGCAAGCCCAAGCGGCUCCACAACAGUGGUGGCCAUGGUGGGUCCUCGAGGAAAAGCUCCUCCGGCAGCGGCAGGCACAACGAAAGCGGCGCUACUGACGAGAGUGGAAGCAACAACGAUCUCGUGUCGGUGGCGAAGCUGGUCGACAACGCGACCAACAACCCGGCGCUCGAAAGCUACUUUAGCAGGCCGGAGGUGCAGGUGGUUCCGCUGGCGCAGGACCACAGUGACGAGGAGGGUCUGGUCGCGUCCGGGUCCGCCUCGGAGAGCAACAACUCCGGCACGGACGACCCGAACCCGUCGGCGGUGGCGGGCGAGCAGCAGGAGAAGAAGAAGUCCGCCUACAGCCUGGCCCCGAACCGCGUCAGCUGCCCGUACUGCCAGCGCAUGUUCCCGUGGUCGAGCUCGCUGCGGCGCCACAUUCUCACGCACACCGGCCAGAAGCCGUUCAAGUGCUCCCAGUGCACGCUGCUCUUCACCACCAAGUCGAACUGCGACCGGCAUCUGCUGCGCAAGCACGGCGACGUCCAGACGGCCACCUCGAUCCCGGUGCCGAUCGACGACCUGCUCGAUCCGAAGCCGGAACCGAUUCCGGUCGCGGUCGCGGAGGCGAUGAGCAAGAAGAUUGCCGACAAGGGCGUCGGCAGGCGACAAUCGGUGGCGUCCACUGGACGGUCCCCACCGUCGGCCAACAAGCAGUCGGCCGACGCUGCUCCCCAGUCCGACUACACCGGCGGGUCGACCAUCAAGCAUGCCAAAGCCAAAGACGAGCCGACGGAGGAGCAAGCCGUCGGCAAGGAAGAGUUUCGUGACGAUGCUUCCGAUGGCCAAGUGGGAGCUGGUGGUGGUGGUGAGCCGGACGGAGGAGAUCAGAAGCCGUCACACCACAACAGCGGUGUGCCGCAGCAGUGGAGUGUCACUGGGGACGUUACGGCGGCCAACCUUGCCGACGAGUCGGACGGAGAAGAGGAACGUUCCAAGGGAAAGGAAGGCGCCGAAGACGGCAACGAUGACGCUGACGAGAAUGAGGAAGAAGGUGGUGACGGUCGGCUAGGCGGACAAGAGGAGGAGGAGGAAGAGGAGCAUGCGGCGAACCAUCCCGAUCUGCCGUACAAGUGCCAUCUGUGCGAUGUGUCCGCCGCCGACCGGAUGAGCUGCCUGGAGCACAUGAAGCAGGUGCACGCGCACGAGUUCGCCACGCUCGUCACGAAGGUGUCGCUCGAUGCGAUCAUUUCGACGGAAAGCGAGGCGCAGACCGCGUCCCCGGACGACGACGAGAGCUGCAACAACGAGCCGCCGGCGGCCCCGGCGCCGCCCAAGCAGCACAACAACAACAAUCCCAGCAUCAGUAACAAUAAUGAUAACAACAAUGGUGGCAAGUAUCCCGACUAUGCCAAUCGGAAGGUUAUCUGCGCAUUCUGUUUGCGUCGCUUCUGGUCGACGGAAGACCUGAGACGCCAUAUGCGCACGCACUCCGGCGAGCGGCCGUUCCAGUGCGAUGUCUGCAGCCGCCGGUUCACGCUCAAGCACAGCAUGCUCCGUCACCGUAAGAAGCAUACCGGUGGAGGCGGCCACCUGCAGCCGCAGCAGCAGCAGCGUCGAGCGGGCAGCAAUGGCACCGGAACCGGCGCUCACAAGUACGUGCACAGCAGCGCCAGCAGCAACAACAACAACAACAACAACAACAGCGGCUCCGAUCUCAGCGAGGACGACGAGUACUACGAUCCAGCGGUUGCUUCUACGCCUCCGGCCCAACCCUUCCGUCACCGCGAAAACGAUCCCGCCAACAGCGUUGCGGAGAUCCCAGCGGCGGCCCUCCGCCAUGCCGGGAAUCGCUACUAUCACCUCUACAGCCACAUCAAGGGCCAGUCGGCAGGCGGCGGUGGCGGCGUCGGUGGUGAUGGCCCCAACGUUGGCCAGCAGCAUCAAUCGGAGCUGAUCGGUGAGCUGCUCGGCAUCAGCGACCAGGGUAUCCUCAGCCGGGUGCUCCUGUCAUCCGCCAUCGAGGCAGCCAAACUGCUCGGCGUCGACAAGUGA